CUCCGCGCCGUGCCGCGCCGUGCCGUGCCGUGGUCGGCCGGGCGCUUCUGCAGGCUGGCCCCCUGCGGCUACCUGCGGCGCGGCAGCGGCGGGCGGGCUGCCGGGAUGAUCCGGUUCCGGAGCUCCAGCAUCAGGUCGCUGAGCGCGGAAAUGAAAUGCACCGUGCGGCUGCUGGACGACUCCGAGAUCUCCUGCCACAUCCAGAGGGAAACCAAAGGUCAGUUUCUUAUAGAUCACAUCUGCAACUAUUACAGCUUGCUGGAAAAAGACUAUUUUGGCAUUCGAUAUGUUGACCCUGAGAAGCAGAGGCACUGGCUUGAGCCCAACAAGUCCAUCUUCAAGCAAAUGAAAUCUCAUCCACCAUAUACCAUGUGCUUUAGAGUGAAAUUCUACCCACAUGAACCCUUGAAGAUUAAAGAAGAGCUCACCAGGUAUCUCUUAUAUCUACAAAUAAAAAGGGAUAUUUUCCAUGGCCGUUUGCUGUGUUCCUUUUCUGAUGCUGCCUACUUAGGUGCCUGUAUAGUCCAAGCUGAGCUUGGUGAUUAUGAUCCUGAUGAACACCCAGAGAAUUACAUCAGCGACUUUAAGAUUUUUCCCAAGCAGUCACAAAAGCUUGACAAGAAAAUAGCUGAAAUGCAUAAAAAUGAAUUCAGAGGUCAGAGCCCAGCUGUUGCUGAAUUUAAUUUGCUUCUUAAAGCAAAUUCUUUGGAAACUUAUGGUGUUGAUCCUCAUCCUUGCAAGGACUCAUUCGGUACAACUACAUUUUUAGGAUUCACAGCUGCAGGAUUUGUAGUUUUCCAGGGGAAUAAAAGAAUUCAUUUAUUAAAAUGGUGUGAUGUCUAUAAACUGAAAUUUGAAGGGAAGACAUUUUAUGUGUUUGGAGCUCAGAAAGAGAAGAAGGCUGUGCUGUCAUUCCAUACCUCUACACCAGCAGCUUGCAAGCAUCUUUGGAAGUGUGGGGUGGAGAACCAGGCUUUUUACAAGUAUGCAAAGUCCAGUCAGAUCAAGACAAUGUCCAGCAGCAAAAUAUUUUUUAAAGGCAGUAGAUUUCGAUAUAGUGGAAAAGUAGCCAAAGAGGUUGUGGAGGCAAGCUCUAAAAUCCAGAGGGAACCUCCUGAAGUUCACAGAACCAGCAUUACCCAGAGUCGCAGCUCUCCCUCCUUGAACAAGCAACUCAUAAUCAACAUGGAACCUCUGCAGCCGCUCCUUCCUUCUCCCUGUGAGGAGGAAGAGGUUCCUAUAGAUGAAGGUAUCGAGCUGCCAAAGGAAGAGGAGAUUUCAGUACCUGUGACUUCAAGCUCUCCAGUAAAGGAUACUGGGAAGGAUGUUGAUCUUGACAUUGAACAGGAAGACAACAUGAAAGAGGAACCCUUAACCAUCUCAGAGCUGGUAUACAAUCCAAGUGCCAGCUUGCUGCCCACACCGGUUGAUGAUGAGAUUGACAUGCUUUUUGAUACCUGCCCAAGAGCAGAGAAUGAGAAAGAUGAUACUGAUUCAUUUGAGGAACUUGAAGCAGAUGAAAAUGCAUUUUUAAUUGCAGAGGAGGAAGAACUGAAAGAAGCUCGGAGAGCCUUGAGUUGGAGCUAUGACUUUCUAAUGGGCAACAUAGAGGUUAAUGCUUUUGUGAAGAGUUUCUCCAGACUUUUUCUUGUAGGCCUUGGACUAUUGUUGUUUGUGUUCCCCCUUUUCCUUGUUCUCCUGGAGUCGGACCUUCAAAUCUCUUUCCUUCAUGAAAUUCGCCAGACACCAGAGUUUCAGCAGUUCCAUAUUGAAUAUUACUGCCCCCUUAGGCAGUGGAUGGCUUGCAAAAUAAACUUCAUCCGUGAUAUUCUGGGCAGCUUUUAAAUUUUACAUUAAUAUAAUACAACUAAGGGCUAUAUUCAAAAUUUCAGUUAGUGAUAGCUUUCCAUAAUGUCCCUGGACCCAUCUGUUGACGGUUGCCUUCAUAUCCUCACUUACAGUUUUUGUUACAGACUCAUGUCCUUAAGUUCCCUUUACAUACUUAAAAUGCCAUUUUAAUUACUAACUUAGACAGUCACCUCUCAAUAACCAAAAAGAAGCUUUAUUUUAAAUACAUUUCAGUCUUCCAGCUCAUUUAUUGCAUCAUAUAAGACAGGGUCACAAUAAGUUUCAUUGUCCUUAACCUUUCAAUCCAUGACACUAAAACUGACAAUAUUGAAAGAAAACCUUUUUGAAUAUACUCCUUAGUGCAACAAUUUCUUCUAACCAAUGCCUAUACAAGCAAUGUUUAUGCUGGGUUUUUGGUUUUUUGUUUGUUUUUCUGUUUGUUUGGUUUUUUACAUUUUUAUGUCUUUAAGAUAUUUUGGUAAAUUUUUAGUAAAAGAAAACUUACAAUGUUGUUUAAAUGUACACAUUGGUAAGAAUAAUGCAGAGGGGCAUGCAGGGUGUUUUUAGUGUUUUACCAAUUAUUUGUUUUUAAACUAUGGCUGGAGAAUGAAUGAAUUUAAUGUAGCUAUAUACAAAGGGACUGUGUUUGGGAAACACACAGAAUGUUCACUCAAGUUCUGUAGGGGCUGCCUGGGCAAGGUGAAAUGACAGCAAGUAUGCAAAAGAAUUUCUGAAAGGCACAGUUCUAAAGCUUGGGGAAGUGAGCAGAACUGAAAUGAUCCUUCCUCUUAUUUGUCAGGUUGUCUUCCAUUUUAUCAGUUCUGUAGAAAGUCUUUACAAGAUAGUCCAAGUACGUUUAGAGAAAGAUUGAGUCUUCAGUCUCAAUGUAGAUUAUUGUACAUAACAGAAAACAAUAAUAGUAAGUAGCAAAAAAAAAAAA